AUGCCGAGUGAAAUGAUAACAUUACAACUUGGCCAAUGCGGUAAUCAAAUUGGUUUCGAGUUUUGGAAGCAAUUAUGUAUAGAACAUGGUAUUUCUCCUGAGGGUAUACUCGAGGAGUAUGCUUCGGCUGGUUCAGAUCGAAAAGAUGUAUUCUUUUAUCAAGCCGACGAUGACCAUUACAUUCCUCGCGCCGUUUUAUUGGAUUUGGAGCCUCGUGUCAUACAUACGAUAAUGAACUCGCCAUAUGCGAAGCUAUACAACCCUGAGAAUGUGUAUCUGUCAAAACAUGGAGGAGGUGCUGGUAACAACUGGGCAUCCGGAUAUGCUCAGGGUGAGAAGCUGAAUGAAGAAGUGUUUGAUAUUAUAAACAGAGAGGCUGAUGGCAGCGAUAACUUAGAGGGGUUUGUGCUGUGUCACUCAAUAGCUGGUGGAACAGGGUCAGGCAUGGGUUCCUAUAUCCUGGAGCACUUGUCCGACAGGUUCCCAAAAAAACUGGUACAGACCUACAGUGUAUUCCCAAACUUGGAUGAAAUAAGUGACGUAGUAGUCCAGCCAUACAACUCCCUGUUGACGCUGAAGCGCUUGACUGAAAGCGCCGACUGCGUGAUGGUUCUGGAUAACACAGCGCUGAACCGCAUCGCCAGCGACCGCCUGCACAUACAGAACCCGUCGUUUGCACAGAUUAACACGCUCGUCUCUACUAUCAUGAGCGCUAGUACCGCUACACUAAGAUACCCAUCCUACAUGAACAACGAUCUGAUCAGUCUGGUGGCGCCGUUGAUUCCGACGCCCAGGCUGCACUUCCUCAUGACCGGGUACACGCCGCUGACGGCCGACCAUGAACUCAAUACCGCGCCGAAAAUUCGAAAAACAACAGUACUCGACGUAAUGCAAAGGCUGCUUCAACCAAAGAAUAUGAUGGUCUCACUCAGUCCAGACAGAACGAAUCAACACUGCUACAUAUCAAUCUUAAAUAUUAUACAGGGAGAAGUAGACCCAUCACAAGUACACAAGUCACUGCAACGCAUUCGGGAACGAAAACUAGCCUCAUUUAUCCCCUGGGGUCCUGCAUCCAUACAAGUUGCACUGUCGCGCCGGUCGCCCUACGUGCACGCCUCACACAAAGUUUCAGGGCUCCUACUUGCCAAUCACACCAAUAUAUCAUCAUUGUUUGACAGAUGUCUACAACAGUUUGAUAAGCUACGCAAGCGCGAAGCUUUCUUGGAGGUGUUUCGCAAGGAGCCGAUGUUCAAAGACUCUUUGGAGGAGUUUGAUGAAUCUCGUGGAGUUGUCGACGACCUCGUACAGGAGUACCAGGCUGCAGCCACGCCAGACUAUGUGCAUUGGAAUCCAGAGAGUAGUCAGAUAUAA